AUGGAUCCAAGAAGUGGCUCAAGGGCACGACGUAGUGGAAGAAGACCUCAUCGUUCCUCUAUCAAUACAACGGCCGUAUACGACUAUGCGUUACGAUGUGCUAUUCGUGCCUUCAAGGAACAGUCUUCUGGUUUGGAGGCGCCUCAACAACAACUGCAACAGCCUUCGCCGUCAUCCCUCAAAGGAGACCGCCAUUCCCUUCAUUUGAGCAGCAUGCUCGACUCAUUGACUGAAAAGUUUGACAAGGACAACAACACCACCGAUCGCCUCACGCGUGACAUUGUCAGUGGGCUCAUGAAUCGGCUGAAUGAAAUCCGUAAAGGGAGAGACACGAGUCGACUAUUGCAUCAGGACGCUUGCUUUCGUGAAGUCGUUUCCCAGUUCCAUAACAAGUGGUAUUUGCACCGACUACGACCGAGUGGUACUAUCAACGACUUGGUGGUAUCGUUCUUGAAGAUUAGCCAGGCCGAGAUAGCCAAAGAGAAUGGAGGGCAGCCCAAUACACAGCAACUGAAUCGGUUCAUGGCGCGGUUUGCCGAGUUGUUGAUCUCGACUUUGAAGGAAGAUGCUGCAUCAUCAUCCGUUACACCAGAACUCAUGGAGCGGCUCAACGGAUUUGUCGCACCCACCGUCAAACGUACAAAGAGUCACUAUCAACAUCAACGUCCCACUAGAAGAACACCCUCAGCUACUCCACCACCACUACCACCUCUACCAGGAAGUAAUAAUCAACCUAUCGAUAUGGCUGCCUUGGAACGGUUUCCCAUGGUCAUGAUGGUACAAAGUUUAUUUGGCGUAAGCGAUCAUGAACAUCGUCGUAAGCUUCGUGAACUUCAAUCUAUUUGCACUGACUCGGCUUUCUUGGUCGAUCUCAAAAAGUGUCUUUACCAUAUUCAAACGGGUCAACCGUUCCCUGGUCGACGUGAAGAUUAUCCAAAUCAACAAGCUUAUGAACGAUGGAAGACGCGUGAAGUCCAACAGCUGAGCGAGUUGAUCAAGACCUUGAUGUUACUCAACCCUGGUUUGAAUCAAGAGGAAACAGCUGAUGCUACAGGUGCACGAUCGAAUGAUCCCACAUGUGCCUUUACUUUUAUCCCCAAUUUUCCACGAGCUUAUUUCCGCAAGUUGAUGGAGAUGUGCAUUGACUAUGAUAUGAACGUGAUUUCUGAAAGCGAGCGUGCCAAAACAAGUGUCUUGUCAUUGCAAUCGGAUGAAUUAUUACGUGAAUGUUGGCGUACUUGGCGUUUAUCAGCCCCUUAUCGUGCCGUCAUGUACCUGGAUUUUGUCACUGAACGAUUCGAAGCAAAAAAGCUGGAUAUUGAGGAUAUCAAGGAUGCAUUCCGAUCGUUGGAUAAAGCUGUCAAAGAAAGCAAUCCAAAGAGCUGGGCUACAAAUGAUAUGGAUAGCAUGAUUAGUGCAUAUGAAGAAUUGGAUCGUGCUAUUUUGUUGGAUUUGGAAGAGGCAAUCUGUAACUACUGGAGAGUCAAGGCUGAAUGGGUGGAUGACCUUGUGUCUAUUCUCGAUAAGAUCUAUGACAACCCGUAUUAUCGUCACAUGCAUCCUGAUCCAACUUUGGCAAUAGCCAAUCUGGAAGAACCAUUACAGAUUGCAGCAGUGACUAAACGAUGGGCAGCAUUGCAAGCAGCUUCAAAAGAUGAUACCAAGGACAGCCUAACCAACUUGCUUACGCUUGCUGAAAAAUUGAACAAGGAGCUGGUACACGUAUGCAUGCACAACUUUAGAUCAUCCAUCAAAGGUGUGCUAGACGUGCCAAGUGUAGUCAUGUCAAAAAUUAUGCCAAUCUUUACCCUGGAGAUGGAUGAUUGGGCAACGUAUUCCCCGGAUUCCAAGAAUGCACCUGUCGACGUUGCUAUGGAGUUGUAUGAAAAAGUACUCAGUCUCAAACGCUUGUAUGAUCAACGUGGACCAAAAGAGAAGAUUGCAUCUUUCAAGGUCGAGGCAUGGUUUUUGCAACAUGUUAAAAGAUGGCUCGAGGCUUCCACUGAAUCUGCCCCCAAAUGUGUUGAAAAUGCUCUCAAGCAAGAAGAGUUCAAGCCUGUCAGUGAAUCAAGUCUACAUUCAUUUUCCGUGGAUGAUCUUUUCAGGCUGUUCAACGACUAUGUAGACUUUGUAUUGCGAUUACAAUGGCCUAACGAGGUACAAUACUGCCGAUUCCUCACAUCGUUAUCCAAGGUGAUUGCCAAUGCCUUGGAGCAAUAUACCAAUGAGAUUGAAGGUUUCAUCCUCGCAGAAUUUGAUCUUUUGCCCGGGGGUCGUCCUCAACGCUCGUCAUCGUCAUCCUUGCUACACAAAGCGAAGCGUCUUACAGGAAGCAAUACCUCUUCAACGAACCAAGUAUCAUCCCGUGAUAUCACUCCAGAGCUAUGUAUUAUGCUCAAUGAUAUUGAAGCUGCAAGAGGCCAUUUGGAUCAAUUAUACCAGCACAUGAACGUGGAUGCCGUUGCCGAACGCAUGCGUGAAUUGAAUCAUAAACCAGCGCCUAUGGUGGAACCACAGACCAACUUUUUAUACUCGAUUCGCAUUUUACGUGGUGAGAAUCUCCGUGGCCUUGACAGCAACGGCUUGAGUGAUCCAUAUGUGUCAUUGUACAUGAACCAAAAGGAGAUUGCAAGGACGUACACGCAUUACAAGACAUUGGAUCCUCGAUGGGAUCAAAGCUUUGAUAUUUGCUUGACCGAACGCACAGCUGAUGUAUUGGCAUUGGUCUAUGAUGAAGAUAUGAUUGGAUCGGAUCAAGAAUGUGGUCAAGUGGUCUUCCGCUUGUCACCUGAUAUCUACAGCGACUACCAAAGCCAUGAAUUGACUCUUCCAUUGGUACCACAAGGCAACCUGUACAUGCGCAUUAGCUUGGUGGGAGAAAAGGAUGAUAUUCAAUUCUGGUUUGUAAAGUCAUUCCGUACACUGAAACGAGCCGAAAAUGAUGGUGCCUCGUUGAUUGCAGAGCAGAUGGGACAUAUCAUGCGUCAAUGCUUGUCACGCAAGGUGGUGGAUAAGUUAUUGAAGCGCGAAAAGGGCUUCUUUUCAUCAUUCAGCAGCCGUAGCAGCCAACAUAUCGAGCCCACUUUACAAGAGUGUGAGGAUGCUAUUGGACCCUUGCUCGAUUAUCUCGAAAAGAAUCUCAAGAUCCUCAAUGAUCACCUAUCGGAGACCAACAUGAAGUUGGUGAUCACCAAGAUUUGGAAUCAAGUCCUAAAGACGAUCGAAAACUUGAUGCGACCCGUGGAUAAUGAACCCGUAUUGGAUGAUUAUGAGGAACAUGUGGUUGUAAAAUGGCUCGAGCUCCUUAAAAUCUUAUUCAACGGUGGUGAGGAUGGUGAUGCUGUACCAUUGGACAAGUUGGAAAACAUGCAAUACCAAAGGUUGGUUACCCACGUCGGCCAACAACGCGAUUCUCGAGAUCAGCGUGAUUCCAAGAUCUUUAUGUAA